GGCUAUAGAGAUUUUUUUUGUAUAGAUGGCCUAAACGAAAACAAGCAUUACUAUCCCUAUCUUCGAAUUUAAUACUGUCAGCCCCAGUAGUUAUUCUCUUUCUACUACCAGAGAGAGAAUCCCAGGAACAUACUUUUGAAUAUCUCCCACCACCACUGUCAUCCUUUCAAUGCUCUCUGUUUUCUGUGAGGUGGGGAAACAAAAUUCAUAGCAAAUCAAACUGUUCAUUUGGGUUUUGAAAGAAACUUCUCCAGAGAGAUAUGGAAGCUCAAGGAGUAAAUGAUGGAGAGAUGACUCGUGGGUCGCCGCUGAUUCGUCAAGUUCUUUUCAUUUCUGCUGGAGCUAGCCAUUCUGUUGCUCUCCUCUCUGGAAAUGUUGUUUGUUCUUGGGGUCGAGGAGAGGAUGGCCAAUUAGGACUUGGUGAUGCUGAAGAUAGAUUGGUUCCUGCUCAAUUGGGUGCACUAGAUGAUCAUGAUAUAGUAUCGGUUAUCUGCGGAGCUGAUCACACCAUUGCUUUAUCUGAAUCAAGCAAACAAGUGUAUAGUUGGGGCUGGGGUGAUUUUGGGAGGUUAGGACAUGGGAACUCAAGUGACUUAUUUAUUCCUCAGCCAAUAAAAGCAUUGCAAGGACUACGGAUUAGGCAAAUAGCUUGUGGGGACAGCCACUGUCUGGCAGUUACCAUGGAAGGCGAGGUGCAGAGUUGGGGACGUAAUCAAAAUGGUCAACUUGGUCUUGGUACCACAGAGGACUCACUUGUGCCACAGAAGAUUGAGGCCUUCAAGGGGAUACCUGUCAAAAUGGUUGCUGCAGGUGCUGAACAUACAGCUGCUGUGACUGAGGAAGGUGAACUUUAUGGUUGGGGCUGGGGAAGAUAUGGAAACUUGGGUUUAGGUGACCGAACUGACCGUUUAAUUCCAGAAAAAGUUGCAAAUGUGAAUGAGGAAAAGAUGGUAAUUGUGGCAUGUGGAUGGAGGCACACAAUAUCAGUCUCUUCAUCAGGUGCUUUAUACACUUACGGGUGGAGUAAAUACGGUCAGCUUGGUCAUGGAGAUUUUCAGGACCAUCUUGUUCCCCAUAGGCUCGAAGCAUUGCAAGGGCAUUUCAUAUCCGCGAUAUCAGGUGGCUGGAGGCACACAAUGGCGUUAACAUCUGACGGAGAAUUAUAUGGUUGGGGAUGGAACAAGUUUGGACAGGUUGGUGUUGGGGACAAUGAUGACCAUUGCUCUCCAGUUCAAGUUAAAUUUCCACAAGAGCAGAAAGUUGUUCAGAUCUCUUGCGGAUGGAGGCAUACUCUUGCUGUUACUGAAAGGAAUAAUGUUUUUUCUUGGGGAAGAGGUACAAAUGGACAGCUUGGACUUGGAGAGUGUGUUGACAGAAACAUCCCGAAGAUCAUAGAACAACUGAGGGAUGGAUCUAACGGGCAGCAGUUAGAAUCACCGGCGAAUGUCGAUCUUACACCAGGGAAAACUUGGGUCUCACCAACAGAGAGAUAUGCUGUUGUUCCUGAUGAUAAUGUCCAACAUCCAAUUGUUCCUGCUGUUUCUGCAGCAAGUGGUGAUGGAAACGAUGCAAGCGUACCUGGAAAUGAUGUCAAAAGGAUGCGGCUCUAACAAACUAUUCAGAAUGUUGACAUUUUCAGACCGAUACUUAAUAGUGAAACAACUGCCUUUGUUCUUGUAUGGUAAUUUUAGGCAUGUUGUUUUUUGGAAGGGAAGACGAUAGUCAACCAGUUGCCUUUCUUCUAUCGACAUUUGGAGUUUGUUUA